AUGGCGAAGAUAAAGACCAUAGAGUAUUUCCGUGUCAAGCCACGAUGGCUGAUGGUCAAAAUCACCGAUGAAACCGGGGAGCAUGGAUGGGGUGAAGCAACGCUCGAAGGCCAUGAUCUUGCGGUUGAGGGUACUUUGGAUGAAAUGAUUGUCAGGCUUAUUGGCAUGGACGCGAGCAACAUCGAACAUAUCUGGCAGAAGUUCUGGAGACAUAGCUUCUACCGCGGAGGCCCAGUUUUCAUGUCUGCUCUUUCCGGCAUUGAUAUUGCACUAUGGGAUCUGAAAGGCCGUAAACUGAAGGUUCCAGUAUGGGAGCUACUCGGCGGUAAAGUGCGUAACAAAGUUCAAGUUUACGCCUGGAUCGGCGGUGACCGCCCAGCCGACGUGGAGGUUGCAGCCAAAGCAAGAAUUGCUCAAGGUCUCAAGUGUGUGAAAAUGAACGCCACUGAAGAUGUCAACUGGCUGGACAGCCCCUCCGCUGUUGAAGCCACUGUCGAGCGCCUGAAGACAGUCAAAGCCCUCGGUCUUGACGCUGGACUCGACUUCCAUGGCCGUCUUCACAAGCCAAUGGCAAAGCAGCUUGCCAAAGCCCUCGAGCCGCACCGGCCGUUGUUCAUCGAGGAGCCGUUGCUUUGUGAGCAUCCGGAGGCGAUCAAGCAACUCGCCGCCCACACAACAAUUCCAAUUGCUUUCGGAGAGCGAUUGUACACUCGCUGGGACGUAAAGCCAUUCCUCGAACAUGUCGACGUUCUGCAGCCAGACAUUGCGCAUGCAGGAGGAAUCUCGGAGACAAAGCGCAUCGCCCAGAUGGCUGAGGCGUACGACGUCGCAAUCGCACCACAUUGUCCACUGGGACCAGUGGCUUUCGCAGCCAGCUUGCAUGUUGCGUUGAGCACACCGAACUUCGCCAUUUUGGAGAUGAGCUUGGGCAUGCAUUACAAUGUCGAGGCCGGCGACAUUGAUUUGUUGACGUAUUUGAAGGAUCCUAGCGUGUUUGACAUUGAGGAAGGUUUCGUCAAAGCACCAACAGGAACUGGACUGGGAAUUGAGAUUGACGAAGAGAUGGUAAGGAGGAUUGCAAAGGAUACAGCACCUUGGCAGUGCAAGGAGUUCUAUGGGGUUGACGGUGGGAUCAGGGAAUGGUAA